UCGCAUUUUUAUCUAUGGCCUUCAAGCUUGCGACAUGGGGCUGCUAGAGAUUAAGAGUAUAUAAGGCAACAGCGAAACAGCAGAGACAGCACUUGCUUCAAUAUGAAGGUCUUGCUAGUGACUGCACUGGUAGCUGUUAGUGCCGCAGCCGCCUUGCCCGGCUUCAUGUUAGAUGAGCCGGAUGGGGUUUCCAAGUACCAGAAGCAGCAUGAUGUGAAUUACGCUUUUUACAAGAUCUUCGAGCCUCUCCGCGAAAGCAGCCUAAUUGAUAAAGCAGCAACAUUCAACCCAGUAGCAGAUGUGGCCAUGUAUAAUGACAACGGAGCUGCAGUCAAGCACCUCAUGGAUGAGCUCACACAUGGCCGUCUGCUGGAGAAGAAACACUGGGCUGUCGCCACCAACAAACGCCAUCUGGAGGAGGCAAUCAUGCUCUUCGAGGUGUUUAUGCAGUGCAAGGACUGGAACUGCGUCGCCAGCAAUGGAGCUUACUUCAGGGAGCGAGUGAAUGAGGAAGAAUUCAUCUAUGCUGCCUACCAUGCCAUCAAGCACUCUCCUCUCACCCAGCAUGUCGUUCUGCCCGCCAUGUACGAGGUAAAGCCACACCACUUCACCAAGACCCAGGUCAUCGAGAAAGCUUACGAGGCCAAAGAGAUGAAAUUGCGCAAUGUUUACUUACAAAACAACUUCACGAGUACACCUAACGACAUUGAACAGAGAGUCGCCUACUUCCGUGAGGACAUCGGCGUCGGCACGCACCACCUGAUGAUUCACUUGGAGAAUCCAUUCUGGUGGAAAGACACCUACGGCUACCACAUUGAUAGGAAGGGAGAGAACUUCUUCUAUGCCUAUCACCAGCUACUCAACCGUUACGAGGCUGAGCGCAUCUCCAAUCACCUGCCUCCUCUCCAAGAACUGAAGCUAGACGAGCCGCUGAAAGAGGGAUUUACUCCACAGACCACCUACAAGUUCGGUCCACCCUUCCCCAUUCGCAAUGACGACAUCCACCUCCAUGAUGUGGACAUGGUAGGCAGAAUUCACGAAAUCGUCCACAUGGAAGACCGUAUCCACGACGCCAUCGCUCACGGCUACGUGGAGAACGAGCAGGGAAGGAAAAUAAGCAUCGAAAACGACAACGGCAUAAACAUCUUGGGUGACAUCAUCCAGUCCUCUAUGUACAGUCCUAACCGCAAGUACUACGGCAAUCUAACCACUCUUGCCUACACCAUGCUCGACCACCAGACCGACCCCAAAAACAAAUACGACACUCCACCUGGCGUCCUUGCACACUUGGAGACCCUCCCACGCGACCCCGCUGCCUGGAGACUGCACAAGAGAAUAGACAACAUCUUCAGGGAGCACAUCGACUCUCUUCCUCCUUACACCAAGGAACAACUCGAAUUCCCGGGAAUAACUGUCACCAACAUCCAAGUACAAGGCAAUCUUGAAACAUACUUUGAGGAGUACAAGUAUGACCUGAUCAACGCUUUCAACGACAACACUACCCAGACGGAAUUCUACGAUAUCUAUGCCACAAUGCCUCGUCUCAACCAUAAGGAAUUUUCAUACAAGAUCAAUGUGCAGAACAACGGGUCUCCCAAGAAGUCUGUUAUUCGCAUUCUCGCCAUGCCCUACCGCGACGGCAACGGUGCCAUCAUCCCCUUCGACGAGGGCCGCUGGCUCGCCAUCGAGAUGGACCUCUUUGUUAAGACCUUGAAUUCGGGUAACAAUGAGAUCAACCGGAAGAGUUCAGAGUCUUCCAUCACCGUACCUGAUGUUCCUACCUACAAGACUCUUGUUGAGAUGACCGAAAAUCGCCAGAAUCUUGAGAUGUACGAGAGCGCCACUGGUAUUCCCAGCAGGUUGCUCCUGCCCAAGGGUAAUGAGGAGGGCGUGGAGUUCAGGUUAUUGGUGGCUGUCAGCAAUGCUGAAGAGGACGUCAACGAUGAGAGCAUCAUUACUAUGAACAAGUACCACCAUUACGGAGUGCGUGGCGUCCAGCCCGACAAGAGGCCUUUCGGUUACCCGUUGGACCGUCGUGUUCCAGACGAACACAUCGUCGACGAGGUGCCCAACAUCAAGGAGACCAUGGUCAAGGUCUACAACCACAACGUCUUUAUUCGCCUUCCUCACCACUAGAUCGUAGACCACUGGUAGAUCUCACAUUGAACUAAACUGGUCACAUGGUAUUCAGCCUUAUUGUACCACAUCUUGACACCGAUGCUAUUUGCAGACGCUUCGUACAAAAUAGCCUCUUUUGACAAUUUUUUUUCCUUCAUCCACUGAAUGUGGCAAAAAUACCUCAAUAAAUAAAUGCCAAA